GCACGCAGCUGUCCAAUGUCUCAACCCUCCUUUUUUUCCUCCUUCAGCUGUCACUUUACCUUCGUCCCAAGUCCUCAGUCGUUCAAGUGCAUCCUUUCCCUACGCAUGCGCACUGUCAUAUACUUUAUCGCUCCGCCUCCCAACAACCCGGCGCAAGAAUAUCUUCCGGUGACGUGCUUCCUCUCUGGUCUCAUUGGCAAAGGGCAUUGCAACUUGGUGGGAGGUGCAGAGAGAAUCAUCAUGGUGGCUGGACUACUUGCUAAACCUCAGAUGAGAGGCCUUCUUGGUAAACGUCUCCGCUUCCAUAUUAUUGGGGCUUUCGUUGUCUCUCUGGGGGUUACUGCUAUGUAUAAGUUUGGCGUGGCAGAGCCAAGGAAGAGGGCGUACGCUGACUACUAUAAGAACUUUGAUGCAAUGAAGGAGUACGAAGCCAUGAGGGAAGCGGGCGUAUUCCAAAGUGUGCAACCAAAAGGCCAAUAGAGCGCUCCCUAUUAACAGGAGGAUGAUGCAGAAUUUGCUUCAGAAUAUUCCAAAAUGGACUCUUUGCUGGACAUACUGAAUGCCUCUUAUAUUUUACUAUUCUAUGUAAAUCUGUUUAAAUAUACAAAUGAAAAAUGA